AUGAGCUUCGCCGCCCAAGCCCAGCCCGGCACCCCAGACCAAGCACACGAUCCCGCGCUGCCGCUGCCGUUCCUCGAGCAAAUCGUCUCGUGCCUCGUCCUCGGCAACUACACCCACGGGCCGCCGUACGCCAUCGAAGCCCUCCUGCACUACUUUGUCCUAGAGCGCAGGAGGGCCCGAGACACGCAGGCGGACACUUGGCUCGUCAUGGGAAUCAUCCUCCGCCUCGCCCAGCGCAUGGGCUACCACCGCGACCCUCUGCACUUCCCAGGCAUCACCCCUUUCCAGGGCGAGAUGCGCAGGCGAGUAUGGCUCAUGAUCCACGGCAUAGACAUCACGACAGCGCUGCAGUUCGGGCUGCCCCGGAUGAUCAGCCCUCGCCACGGGGAUACCGCGCCGCCGCGGAACCUAUCCGACCACGAGUUGCGAGAGGACAUGGCGGUGCUCCCGCCGUCGAGGCCCGAAACCGAGCACACCCCCAUGCUGCACAUGGUUGCCAGAAACAGGUUCUUCGUCGUCCUGGGCGCCAUAGUCGACGCCAGCAUGGGCGCAUCCAAGAUGACCCCCGUAGAGGAGAGCAGGCUGCUGCAGCAGCUGUACGAUGCGCGCGACGCCAUCCCCCCUGUUUUGCGAUAUACCUCGCUGUCGGACAGCCUGGGCGACGCGGCAUCGCACAAUAUCCAUCGCAUCAUCCUCGUGGUUCUGUUUUACAAGGGCUUGAUAGUCCUCCACUGGCACCACGUCAGGCUGGUCAACGUGCGGACAAGGAGCGAGGAGCCGAGGCCAGCCGCGGCGCGCGAGGAGACGAGGAGCUCGUACCGGAUCUGCACGACGGCCGCGCUGAAGAUGCUCGAGAUACAGCACGAGGUGGAGGAGGAGCGGCGUCCAGGCGGCUGCCUCGCGUCGUUGGGCUUGCGCUUCUCGGCCGCGUACAACCACGAGUUUCUGAUGGCCACCCUGGUGCUUUUCACGCACGUGUAUGGAAUUGCGAAUGGCGCCCCGGGCAGCUAUUUGGAUGAUGGGGAGAAGGCGGAGAUGCAUGAGAUGGAGGGCGUUCUCAGGCGCGCCCGGCGUACGUGGAGUCUGCGCAGCGCACACUCUAGGGAGGCGGCCGCGGUCGACAAGUUGCUAGGCAAGCUGUUCAGGAUACUCGACGGCCCGGGCUGCGAGGCGGUGUUGACGGAUGGCGUGGCAGACGAUGCUUCCAUGGGCCAGUUGGAUGGCGUGGACUGGGGUUUCCUCGCGGAAUUCGGCUUGCUGUCGCAUUUGCAGGAUCUGAGUCGUCACUGUAUAGGGCGUUGA